AAUUGAUUGCGGGGCUCCUCCCCCGUUCCUCGCUACGGCCGCUAUAGUGCUCACGUUGUGGCUGUUCAACACUGCUCGGUUGCGGUAAGCUGUUGCAUGUGAGAUUGAACGGGCAGUCCUCGGCGGUCAUUAAGCAGCUUUAGAUUAUGCGAUGACGAAUGUGCAAGGGCGCCCAACCGGAGCUGCGUCCGAUCGCUGUCGAUAUAUGUUACGCUGGAACCUAGUGAGCAUAUACAAUUUCUUUUCCUGUGUUGGAUUGCCUCGAAGACUCCAUGCAUUCAAUCCAUAAUGUCGCAACCAUCAGAACCAUCCGUUAGUUGAAGGAUCAAAAUUUGAGGUCCGUUGGAUAUAUGCUGUGCUGUCGAUCACUAGGUGGCCGACUUAGAACUCCACCGUGAGGCACAGUUGGAGACAAACAUGGCUACUCUGCUUACAGCAAAUUUUUAGCUGGUCUUCCGAAGAAAUCCGAAGUCCACUCUAAGGCGAGCCAUUUCAGUAUGACAGUUCAAAACGAUAUAAGGUGUACACGCGCUACAGGCAAUACCCCAAUACCGAGUCCAUGGCCUUCUCAUGCACAAAUUCUCCAUACAAGGACCACAUUUUUCCUACAGCAGGAAGAAGAUCCAGGAGGGACACCGUCCGUGAAACUGUCGUCAUGUUGUCCGCAGACCAGAGCCCUAAGAAAAGGCGAAGAUACGCCUGAUAUAGAGAUGCCCAACCUGCAGUGCAGCUAUUAGACAUUCCCCUGCGAAUGCGGGGUUCUGGCGGUUGACUGUUACUUGUCCUCUUCUUAUGAGGUUUCCGAGUUCUCGACCUAGAAUGGGCCCAGCAUCCUAUCUCCGCUUACGCAUCCCGAGGAUAUUUCUAGACACGUCUCUGUCAAGCUAUCGGCCCCCAUUGAUUGGUUGGUAAUGCACCUUACGGUCUUUCAUAAACACACGUUGGAAUCAGCCACCGUCUCUGCAUUCUUCUUUCCGCGCGUGAAGUGCGCCCUCGAAAAGCUCGAACAUUGUCGCAAGCAGCUCUGGGAAGUCAUACGUCCAUACAUGCGCACUAUUGACUUCGAAUGUUUAUGUGGCCAAGAGACGAGCGGCACCUCAAUACUCUCGGCAGAUUGCGAGUGUUUCCCGGGACAAACUUAAUGGAUGCUAGAAAAUGGACUCAGAGCGUUUCAUUAAAAACAUGUCUUGCAGCUUUUAGUAUAAAGAGCAUACUGGGUCCUUCUUUAGCAUGCGUUCAGAGGUUGGAGGGCCGCAGUUACAGUAAUAGCUUGUGAUGUUGUAC